UAGGCGGUCUGCUUGGUUUGGGCCAUAUUAAAGCUUCCUUCAGAUCUGCUCUGCCUCUUCUGCUGAGCCAGGUCUCUGUGUCGCUUAGAAAGCUUGUAACCACUGCUUGAUGCACAAUAACUUCUGGUAGCCUGUAAAAUGAGCGACCUGCCGCAUUUUUAUCACCUCUGUUUGAACAACAGACGACAGCACAAGAGUUGACCAUUGUUGAAGCUUCUGCAAUUGUUUGCCAAAUGCACGUAGCAUAUCAGUAAUCAGUAAUCCACAAUGGCCGUGGGGCGCAAAAUCACGUGACCGAUACGUCACAUGAAAACCCAUGUGUGUGUGUAUAUAUAUAUAUAUAUAUAUAUACACUUUAAUAUUCAGCCCUUUUACCUGAAAGGUUGUGAAAAGUCAUAUAAUAGCUGUGUCAUAAUACCAUUACUGAGUAGAGCAAACACUGUGAACACGGAGCACGGCAAAAGCUGAUAAGUGGUUUGUUCACUUUGAAAGUGAAUGUGAUCCAGAAACAGAAAAAAAACAAAAAACUAAACAAAAUACUUUUCGCAGCGUCUAUAACAAGAACAAGAGUUUAUUACAUUUUAACAGUUCAGUUAUAUUUAUAUCUGCAAGAUUGAAUUAUCAACAUUCUGGUUGUGUUUGUUCUUUCUAUUCUAGUCUUCAAGUGACAGUUUUCAAGGGUUUGCUGUGCCAACACCCAAAGUCCCUCUCCUCCCCACUUCCAAAGGUCCAGUGACCAAUGGUCCAGUCAGUGGAGAACAGUUGCCCAAUGGAUCUGCUGUAUCUGUGCCCGACCUUGUAGAAGAGGAAAUAUUUGUUCCUCCCCCUCCCUCCGUGGCACCUCCACCCCCUCCAACACAUUAUGUUCUGCCUCCACCAGAUUUUUUGGGUGAUUUGAACAGUACAGACCUGUUGAUGCUUCAGCCACCUUCCAAGCCAUCUCCAAAUGUCACUUCUUUGGCACCCUCCCUAGAAGAGCAGGAUCUGGCUAACUUAACACCUCCGCCUAUGGCACCACCAAAGCCUCCUUCCACAUCUUCCACUUCUUCAUCAUCCUUACCCAUUUCUCCUAUACCAACAGACGUUCCUGAGCAUCCAAAUUUUUCCCCACCACAGCCGCCCAUGGAAAGGCAGCAUAAGAGUCAAAAGACUCCACCUCCGAAGCCCAUCAGAUUCUCCUCCAUCCCCAGUUUUGACACCCCUCCACAAACUCCAGUCCCACCUCACCCUGUACAGACCCCUACACUAUCCACCUUCAAUCCCCAAAACACAGCAAAGCCUCACGAUAUUCCUAAGCCCUCAGGUCUUGGUGGAUAUGAUGACUGUGAGACAAGACCCAAGCAACGUUUACUCAUGGAGGAUUCUCAGUCUCUUAACUCUGUUUCAGUACCUUCUCAGAUCGAUGGGAAUUCACCACCAGUGGUUCCACAAUCCAAACCGGUCUAUAAAAACAACUAUGACACACAGGACCUGAAAGAGAAUUUACAAGCCAACAUGCCUGUUCAAUCACCUGUACCUGAGGCAAACCAGGAUGGUGAGACUGUGAAACGUUUAGCAAAACAGGAAUUACAAAAACCAUCCCUGACAUCAGAUGAAUUAUUGUCACAGCUUCAUAAACAACACAAUACACAGGACAGUUUAGAAAUUGACCACAGCAAAGACCAAGAAUCACCAUGGCAGAGUCGGAAGUUCAGUCCUAUGUUAGAUCGUAAGUUACGCAACCUGAAGAAUAAUGAAACCAAUGGGACACGGGAUGCUGCUUCCCCCUUGGCCCUUUUAAUGGCUGCCAAGGAAAGAGAAAAACACAAAUCUAUUCCAUCAGAGGACAACAAAGUGAAGAAAAAUGAUGAGUCACAUGCAGGUAUUCACCCUAGGAGCAGAAGUCCGAAUUCCUUUAUCGUCAACCCAGUGUCUAGCUCAACAUCACCAACAUCGCAGGUUGGACUAAAGGAGAGGCCAAAGUAUGUCACACCAACAGAAGACACAGAAAUAAGUACAACUCCAGGACGAUCAAAGAGCACAACAUUGAUAAAGGAUGAGGUGACUCCUAACAGCCCAGUGCCUAGUGGGACAACAGCAGUUACGUCUCCACGGGGAAGCAACGCAACUGUGAAUAAACAAGAUGUAGAGGCAAAAUCUAAACUUGCACAACCUAAAGACAAUAGAGAAGAGGUAAUCAUGCCGUUACUCCCUCCUCCACCUGAAUUUGCAAAUACUGAUUAUUUAGAUGAGUUUAUGGAGCCGCCCCCCACCAUCCUUCCACCUGACCCUCCCAGGAAAAAGGCACCAAAUGUAAAUCCUAUUUCUCCCCCCAAAAGUAAACCACCACCACCGCCUCCAAAACUCCCAGUUCCUGACACAGAUAUCAAACCAAAGCCAACAUUCCAGCCCAAGCCCAAGACACCCCCUAACCAAUUACCGUCACAACUUUCACCAAGUCAGGUGACACUCCUAAGCAUCUUACAAAAGAAAAUGCUGGAAAUGGAUCAUAAAAUAGUUCCAAUGAAAGACCCCGAGCCUAACUCUGAUGACUGGGGUACUCCCUUCUCCGAUGAAGACACCAAGGUCUCGGUUAUCUCCAAAGUGCCACCACAGUACAAAUUUUACUCUGCACAACACAAAACUCCAAGUUUGGACAUGCAUGAGUUGGAGGGCAAAGUAAACACAAAACAUCAAGAAACAUCGUCAACAAAAGGUACCAAGAGUAAUGAAACUCAAUCAAGACAUCAGUACGGUAUGACACUUACAGUUCGGCCUGGAACUCAGAACCCUAUUACUGUUGUCCGGAAAGGAGAAUCUUCAUGAGUUGUUUACCUUUGCCAAGUAUUUCACUUACUAAACAACCCUUGGAGUUAUAAAAUGAGAUUUUGUCAGAAGGAACUUUUAGAAUGAAAAGAAAAAAAAAAGCACUUUGAACAAAUGAGUUGUAUAAAUAUGUCCAGAAAAUAUGUCAAAAACACAUGUGCUAAUGUAAUCUACAAGUAUUGCUUAUGUCAUCUCUGUAAAGCACACUGUAAAAUAGUGUUUGUUUUUAUUUUAAGUAUCAGAUGUCUAAAGAGUAGAUGGACAGUUUGUGUCAGGUUUUUGGCUGCUUUUGUUUAUUUUCUCAACCAAUUAACACAUUGUUGUGCCAUAUAGCUAAUAUUAAGAGAUAAUUUUAUUAAAAUGGUUUAAGUUAUUCAUAACAGUCAAAUGUGUUUUGAGUGAAGGUGACUGCAUUAUACAGCAGUUCAGAUGAUGGAAUGG